CUUUCGGUCUCCACCACACGAAGCAUCAUCUUCCACUGCGAACUCUCGUGCAGCGUCUCUUCCGAGCUCCGGCAUGGAGAAGAGGCAGAGCGCCGGUCGGUUCAAGGGCCGCACCAGGCUGCCGGAGCUCGCCGUGCCGAGACGCUACGAUCUCCAUCUGGAGCUCGACCUCGCCGCGUGCAGCUUCUCCGGCGUCGUCCGCAUCGGCCUCGCCGUCGCCGCCGCCGCCGCCGCCGAGGGGACGAAGUUCCUCGUCCUGAACGCGCUCGAGCUCGCGAUCGGCGACGUCUGCUUCGCCUAUUCGGCCGAUCACAAGGAGAUUCGUCCCUGCGACGUCGUGCUCGACGAUGAGGACGAGAUACUGGUUUUGGCCUUCGAUGAAGCGCUGCGCUGCGGCGAAGGAGUGUUGACCAUUGAGUUCUCCGGGAUGCUUAAUGCUCAGUUGAAGGGCUUAUAUAAAUGUGCUUAUGUGGAUGGAGGAGAAAAGAAGUAUAUGGCUGCUACACAGUUUGAAGCUGUAGAUGCAAGGAGGUGUUUCCCGUGCUGGGAUGAACCUGCUCUUAAAGCUACCUUCCAAAUAACGUUGGAUGUACCCCGGAAGUUGACUGCACUGUCCAAUAUGCCAAUUCUCAAGGAAAAGCUUAAUGGCGAUAUUAAGACUGUAUAUUUCGAAGAAUCCCCCAUGAUGUCUACUUAUUUGGUGGCUGUUGUAGUUGGUUUAUUUGAUUCUGUUGAAGAAACCACUGCUGAUGGGAUUAGGGUUUGUGUAUAUUGUCCUCCCGGCAAGAGUGAAAACGGAAAAUUUGCCUUGCACGUUGCUGUGAAGGCUCUCGAGCUCUAUACUAGGUACUUCUCAGUGCCUUAUCCCCUCCCUAAACUGGAUAUGGUCGCAGUCCCAGAAUUUUCUGCUGGGGCAAUGGAGAACUAUGGUUUGAUCAUAUACCGGGAAAACGAUAUGCUCCAUGACGAAUUGCAAUCCACAGCUGCUAAGAAGCAACGUAUCACAGUUGUUGCAAUGCAUGAAGUUGCUCAUCAGUGGUUUGGCAAUCUGGUUACAAUGGAAUGGUGGACACAUCUAUGGUUGAAUGAAGGUUUUGCUACAUGGGUGAGCUAUAUGGCAACUGACAAUUUGUUUCCUGAGUGGAAGAUAUGGACUCAGUUUCUCCAAUUCACUGCUAGUGGAUUGCAUAUGGACUCAUUGGAAAAAUCACAUCCAAUUGAGGUAGAGAUAAUCCAUGCUCGAGCAGUUCUUGAGAUAUUCGAUGCUAUAAGCUAUGAGAAAGGAUCAGCUGUUAUCCAGAUGUUGCAAAGCUACCUUGGAGAUGCAAUAUUUCAGAAAUCAUUGAGUUCAUACAUGAAAAGAUAUGCAUGGAAAAAUGCAAAGACUGAAGACUUAUGGAGUGUUCUGACAGAGGAAUCUGGUGUUGAAGUAACUAAUCUGAUGGACACUUGGACAAAGCAAAAAGGAUACCCACUCAUUUCCGUGAACCUAAACGGCCAUAUAUUGGAGUUUGAACAGUCACAGUUCAUCCUAUCUGGAUUGGCUGGUGAGGGGCUAUGGAUUGUUCCCAUAACCUUGUGCCUUGGUUCAUAUGAGAGACAGAAGAAGUUCCUUUUGGAAACACAAUGCGGAGAAAUUGACAUAUCUGACCUUUUCAAUUCUUCUAGCAACAGUUUAGGCUUAUCGGAGGAGAAGGAUCCGGAAAAAUUUAAAGAGAACUUUUGGAUCAAGAUUAAUAUUUAUCAGAGUGGUUUUUAUAGGGUAAAAUACGAGGACAAGCUUGCAGCUCAGCUUAUCAAAGCAAUAGAAAGCAAUUACCUCUCUGCAACAGAUAAAUUUGGGAUCUUGGAUGAUAGUCAUGCCCUUUGCCAGGCUGGCAAACAGUCACUGUCUUCUCUGCUCACCUUGAUGGAUGUAUACAGAAAAGAUACGGACUAUACUGUGGUAUCAAAUUUAAUAGAUGUCUGCUACAAUAUCGUGAAAAUAUACUACGAUGCUUUUCCAGAUUCAGUGGAUAACUUAAGACAACAUUUUAUCAAUAUCCUCCUGCCCUCUGCUGAAAGAUUAGGCUGGGAAUCGGUGUCUGGAGAACCUCAUUUGAAUGUGCUCUUGAGGGGUGAAAUCUUUAUGGCUUUGGCUUCAUUUGGUGAUGAGAAAACUCAUGAUGAUGCAAUCAAACGAUUUGAGUCGUUGCUAAUGGAUAAAAACACUCCUCUUCUUUCAGCCGAUACAAAAAGGGCUGCUUAUAUUGCCGUAAUGAGGAAAACUACUGUGGCGAGCAGGAAUUAUUUCGAGUCCAUGUUGAGCAUUUACAGAGAAGCAGAUACAGUGCAAGAAAAGGAAAGAAUUUUGCGUCAUCUGGCAGCUUCUCCGGACCCAGAUAUAGUAUUGGAGAUUCUGAACUUUAUAGUGUCAGAUGAGGUUCGAGAUCAAGACAUCAUUUAUGGAUUUUCCGGAAUAAGCUUAGAAGGGCGUGAAACAGCAUGGAAAUGGUUGAAGGAUAAUUGGGACUUCAUUUUGAACAAAUAUGGUACCGGUGUGCUGUUCACCCGCUUCAUAACCGACAUCAUUGCUCCGUUUUCAAGCAACGAGAAGGCCGACGAAGUGGAAGCAUUUUUCGCGAAUCGAACAACUCCCGCAUUCGCCAUGAACUUGAAGCAAAGCAUCGAACAAAUCCGAAUCAAAGCAAGGUGGGUUCAGAACAUAAAGCAGGAAGAAUCGCUUCCGGAGCUCGUCAAACAACUAGCAAGCAAGGGAUGAUCCAUCACAGAUUACAGGACCCCAAUAAAGUUCGAAUUCAUGAGAAACUAUGAAUCAUAUGAAUAAUCCGGUAGGGUCAAGCUGCUGCCCUAUAAUACUCCACAGCAGCCUGCACUUGCUUUUCUUUCUUGUGCUGUGGCCCCUCUUGUUGGAACAAGGGUCAGAGAAAGGGUCCAGCUGGUCUAAUCAACCGGCGCUGCUUCGCUGACGAUGCUCGAAAAGGGUCAUAAACAUUUGUGUGUAGCUACAAAGUGCAGAUAUGCAUGUACAUUGCGCUUUGUACAUUAUUAGUUAUGAUGGAAAAUGUAGAUUGACGCACACCAAUUUCAAA